GAAUAAUCUAUAUUUAAGUGUUUUCGUUACGCUCUUGGUUUUCUCUUCCUCAAUCAUCGAACUUUGUUUUCUUCAUGCUUCAUGAACCUCAUGAACCUGACACCAAAUUAAUUCAAACAAACUACUUAUGCUAAACAACCUUGUAGGUGACAAGUACCAGGUCUUGUGUCAGUCUUGGCAAAAUAAACUAUUCUAUAGUUUGUUAAUGUUAGAGGCUGGACCAGUCUAUGGUGUAGCCGUGGAGAUUAUAUGUUGAUUCUAUAUUGGAUUUUUUUCUUCUUCUUCUUCUUCUUCAAAGAUAUGGUGGUUGUUGAAUUGAUGGAACCAUUGAGUAAAAUCUUAAACUUUGCUUGCCUUUCCAGAUUUUAUAGAGGAACCGAGGACAAGGGGAAUCAGGCAGCACGUAGUAGUUGGAAGUUAUUGAACUGAGCUCUAAAUGGAUUCAACGGUAGAGAUUGAUGAAGACAGUGAUAACAAAGGUAGUAUGUGGGUUUUGGAUCAGAAGCUUGACCAGCCAAUGGAUGAAGAAGCAGGAAGGCUAAGAAAUAUGUACAGAGAAAAAAAGUUUUCUACGCUGUUGCUUCUGCGGCUUGCAUAUCAGAGUCUUGGAGUAGUUUAUGGAGAUUUGGGCACUUCCCCCUUGUAUGUUUUCUAUAGUAUAUUUCCUGACGGAGUUAAAGAUAAGGAGGAUUUGAUCGGAGCUCUUUCUUUGAUUAUAUACUCUCUUACUCUGGUGCCACUGCUCAAAUAUGUUUUUAUUGUAUUAAGAGCAAAUGACAACGGUCAAGGAGGAACAUUGGCUCUUUAUUCCUUGCUCUGCCGACAUGCAAAGAUAAAAAUCAUUCCCAACCAGCAUCGUACUGAUGAAGAGCUAACAACAUAUAGCCGGUCUACCUUACCCGAAAGGUCAUUUGCUGCAAAAACCAAAAGAUGGUUAGAGGAACAAGCAUUUAUUAAAAAUACCAUUCUUAUUCUCGUUCUUGUUGGUACCUGCAUGGUGAUUGGAGAUGGGAUUCUUACCCCAGCUAUCUCUGUUUUAUCUGCUGUUGGCGGCAUCAAGGUGAAUCACCCUGAUUUGAGUAGUGGAGUAGUUGUGCUGGUUGCUGUUGUAAUAUUAGUUGGGUUAUUCAGCAUGCAACAUUAUGGUACAGAUAGAGUUGGUUGGCUCUUUGCUCCAAUUGUCCUGCUUUGGUUUCUCCUAAUUGGAGGUAUAGGUAUAUUCAACCUCUGGUACUAUGGCAGCAGUGUUCUAAGAGCUUUUUCACCUGUAUAUAUAUAUCGGUACCUAAGAAGAGGAGGUAAAGACCGUUGGACUUCCCUCGGUGGUAUAUUGCUCUGUAUAACGGGGACAGAGGCUCUUUUUGCUGACCUAGCCCAUUUUCCAGUCUCAUCUGUACAGAUUGCAUUUACUCUACUUGUGUUUCCUUGCCUUCUUUUAGCCUAUUCUGGACAGGCUGCUUACCUUAUGAAUAACUUGAGUCAUUCACGAGAUGCUUUUUAUCGUUCUAUUCCAGACAGAAUAUACUGGCCAGUAUUUGUUGUUGCAACAGCCGCAGCUAUAGUUGCAAGCCAGGCCACGAUAUCCGCAACCUUUUCAGUUAUUAAACAAGCCCUUGCUCAUGGCUGUUUCCCAAGAGUCAAAGUUGUACAUACAUCAAAGAGGUUCCUUGGCCAGAUUUACAUUCCAGAUAUCAAUUGGAUCCUCAUGAUUCUUUGCAUUGCUGUUACUGCUGGGUUUAAAAAUCAAAACCAGAUUGGAAAUGCCUAUGGUACUGCAGUUGUGAUAGUGAUGCUGGUUACAACAUUACUUAUGAUUUUAAUCAUGAUAUUAGUGUGGCGCUGCCAUUGGAUUCUAGUCAUCAUGUUCACUGGCUUAUCAUUGAUUGUGGAACUCACAUACUUCUUCGCUGUACUCUUCAAAGUUGAUCAAGGUGGGUGGGCUCCCCUUGCAAUUGCUGGAACAUUUCUUGUAAUUAUGUAUGUUUGGCAUUAUGGCACAUUGAAACGUUACGAGUUUGAAAUGCAUAGUAAGGUUUCAAUGGCAUGGAUUCUUGGGCUUGGACCAAGUUUAGGACUUGUUCGGGUGCCCGGAAUCGGGCUAGUCUACACGGAGCUUGCAAGUGGAGUACCCCACAUCUUUUCUCAUUUCAUCACCAAUCUACCAGCCAUCCAUUCUGUUGUUGUUUUUGUAUGUGUGAAGUAUCUUCCUGUCUACACUGUCCCAGAAGAAGAGAGGUUCCUUGUGAAGAGGAUUGGACCAAAGAAUUUCCACAUGUUUCGUUGUGUGGCACGGUAUGGAUAUAAAGACCUGCAUAAGAAAGAUGAUGAUUUUGAGAAAAAACUCUUUCAUAACCUUUUCAUGUUUGUUCGGCUUGAGUCUAUGAUGGAGGGUUGUUCAGAUUCAGAGGAAGAAAGUAUAUAUUAUCAACAAACUGAGCAGAGAAGAGAUGGCAUUUUGAACAACAAUGGAAACACAGCUUCAUUGAAUAUGGAUAUUACAAUUUCAUCAGUAGAUUCCAUAGUUCCAGCUGGAUCUCCAUCACAUGUGAUUGUUACUGUUCAGUCCUCUAGUCAAGCAAGUAGAAGCAGCCAGAAUGAGGUUGGUGAACUUGAAUUUUUAAACAACUGCAGGGAUGCUGGGGUUGUUCACAUACUUGGAAACACAGUUGUGAGGGCGAGUAGGGACUCAAGAUUCUACAAGAAAAUAGCUGUUGAUUAUAUAUAUGCAUUUCUUAGGAAGAUAUGCAGGGAAAAUAGCGUGAUCUUCAAUGUUCCUCAUGAGAGUCUCUUAAAUGUUGGUCAGAUUUUCUAUGUGUAGCCCCCUACCCUUUACUUUUCCUUCCCUUUGGCUCAAAGAUUAGUAUAAUAUCUAUCAUUUCCGAUUGUCAUUUUGUGUACAGUUGGUCUCUCUUAUAUGUUGGUGAGAUUUUCUAUGUAUAGGCCCCCCUCCCCUUUCCCUUUCCUUUCUUUUUGGCCCAAGAUCAGUAAGAUUUAUCAUUUGUGACUGCCAUUUUGUGCACAUAUGAUCAUAGUGUAGCAUAUGAAUAACACCUUAUGGUAUUAU